AUGCCCGGCGGGUGUCCCGGGACACCUGGCGGCCCUUGCCCGCCCGUCCCGGGACAACCCAUCCCGCCUCGCCUGCCCGUCCCGGGACAACCGCGGGACACCCGGCUGGCCUCUCCCGCCCGUCCCGGGACACCCAGUGGGCCUCACCCGCCCGUCCCGGGACACCCAGCGGGCCUCGCCCGCCCAUCCCAGGACACCCGGCGGGCAUCGCCCGCCCGUCCCGCCUCGCCCGCACGUCCCGGGACACCCGGCGGGGCCUCGCCCACCCGUCCCGACAACAAACGGGAUCGCCCGCCCGUCCCGGGAAAAACCGUCCCAGGACAUCUGGCGGGCCUCACCCGCCCGCCUUCCCGGAGCAACCCCGGCUGGCCUCGCCCUGCCAUCCCAGGACACCCGGCAGGUCCCGACCCGUACCCAGCCUCGCCCGCCGUCCCGCCUCGCCCGCCGUCCGCCUCGCCCACCCGUCCCGCCUCGCCCGCCCUUCCCUGGACACCCGGCGGGCCUGGCCGGGCCCGUCCUGCCUCCGGGCCCAUCUGGCCCCGUCCCGCCUCGCCCGACCCGUCCCGGGACCACCCCCGGCCCUGUCAUCACCCUCCCGUUCCCGAGGGACGCUCAGCCCAUCCAGGACACCCGGCGGGCCUCACCCUUCCCGCCCAUCCCUGGGACCCAAGGGCGGGGCCUCCCGCCAUUCCCGACCGUCCCGGACCCCAAGGAGGGCCCGAGGCCCGGCCCGUCCCGGAACCAAGGCGGGACUCGCCCGCCCAGUCCUGGGGACCCCAAGGACCCAAGGCGGGCCUUCGCCCGCCCGUCCUGGGACCCAAGGCGGGCCUCGCCCGCCCGUCCCGGGACCCAAGGCGGGCCCGUCAAGGCCCGCCUCCCGUCCCGGGACCCAAGGCGGGUUCCCUUGCCCGCCCGUCCCGUGGACCCGGCCAAGUUAGGGCCUUGCCCUUGCCCGUCCCGGGACCCAAGGCGGGUUUCCUUGCCCUCCCAAGUCCCGGGACCCGGGCCCAAGGAUGGGCCUUGCCCUUGCCCACCCGUUCCCGGGACCCAAGGCUUGGGCCUUGCCCGCCCGUCCCGGGACCAAGGCGGGCCCUUGCCCUGCCCGCCGUCCCGGGAACCCACCCAAGGCGGGCCUUGCCGCCCGUCCCGGCCCGGGACCCAAGGCUGGGCCUCCUUGCCCAAAGCCCGUCCCGGGACCCUCCCAAGGCGGGCGGGCCCUGCCCGCCCUCGGGACCCAACCCGGCCCGGGGCCUUGCCCCGCCCGUCCCGGGACCCAAGGCGGGACCUUGCCGCCCGUCCCGGGACCCAAGGCGGGCCUUGCCCUGGCCCGCCCGUCCGUGGGACCCAAGGCGGGCCCUUGCCCUCCCGUCCCGGGGACCCACGGGCCGUGGGCCCUUGCCCGCCCUCCCGGGAACCCUUCCCACGGCGGGCUUGGGGCCCGCCCGCCCGUCCCGGACCCAAGGCGGCCUUGCCCGACCCGUCCGGGGACCCAAUGGCGUCCCUUGCCCACCCAUCCCGGGACCCAAUUGCGAGCCCUUGCCCACCCGCCCUGUCCGGGACCCAAGGCUGCCUUGCCCACCCGUCCGGGACCCAAGGGGCGGGCAUCCGCCCACCCACCGUCCCUGGACCCAAGGCGGGCCUCGCCCACCCGUCCCGGGACGUGCCGGGACCCAGCCUGGGCCACCCGGUCCCGGGACCGGCCCAAGGCGGGUUCCUUGCCAGGCCCGUCCCGUGACCCGAGGCGGGCCUUGCCCACCCGUCCCGGGACCUGAGGCGGGCCUUGCCCACCCGCCCGUCCCGGGACCCGAGGCGGGCCUUGCCCACCCCGCCCGUCCGGGACCCAAGGCGGGCCUCGCCGGCGGGUCCCCCUCGCCGGCCCGUCCCGCCUCGCCCGCCCUGGUCCCGGGACACCCGCUGUCCUCACCCUCACCCGUCCUGACCCCCCCUCCCAGGACACCCCGGCGGGCCUCCCGCUCGCCCCAUCCUGGGACCAGGGGGCCCUCCCCCCCGCCCACCCCCCCCCCCCACGGGCGUCCCGUGGGACCCAAAGGCCCGCCAUCCCAGCCCUCCCGGGGACCCAAGGCGGGUCCUGCCCGCCCAUCCCGGGAACCCAAGGCGGGCCUUUGCCCCCCGUCCCGUGGACCCAAGGCGGGCCUGCCCGCCCUACCCGUCCCGGGACCCAAGGCGGGCCUUGCCCGCCCGUCCCGGGACCCAGGGCGGGCGCCCACCCGUCCCGGGGACCCCAAGCCUUGUCCCGCCCAGUCCCGGGACCAAGGCGGGGCCUUGCCCGCCCGUCCCGGGACCCAAGGCGGGCCUUGCCCUCCCGUCCCGGGACCCAAGCGGGCCUUGCCCGCCCGUCCCGGGACCCCAAGGCGGGCCUUGCCCGCCCUUCCUCCCUGGGACCCAAGGCGGGCUUGGCCCGGGCCUCCUUCGGGACCCAAGGCCCCGGGCCUUGCCCGGGCCCACCCGGGACAAGGCGGGCCUUGCCCGCCCGUCCCGGGACCCAAGGCGGGCCUUGCCCGACCGUCCCGGGACCCAGGCGGGCCUUGCCGCCCGUCCCGGGACCCAACCCUGGCGGGCCUUCCCGCCCAAGCCCGUCCCGGGAAACCCACAAGGCGGGUUGGCCUUGCCCAAGCCCGUCCCGGGACCCACGGCGGGCCUUGCCCGCCCUUCCUCCCGGGACCCACGGCGGGCCUUGCCCCGCCCGUCCCGGGACCCAGGGCUGGCGGGUCCUUGCCCGCCCUUCCCGGGACCCGACCCACUGGCGGGCCUGCCCGCCCGUCCCGGGACCCACGGCGGGCCUUGCCCGCCGUCCCGGGACCCACGGCGGGCCUUGCCCGCCCGUACCCGGGACCCACGGGAUGCGCCCGGGCCCAAGCCCGCCGUCCCGGGACCACGGCGGGCCCUGCCCGCCCCUCCCGGGACCCAGCGGCGGGCCUUUCCCGCCCGUCCCGGGACCCUCGGCGGGCCUUGCCCCCCCGUCCCGGGACCCAACGGCGGGCUUGCCCACCUCCCGGGACCCAGGCGGCGGGCCCGGCCCGUCCCGGGACCCACGGCGGGCCUUGCCCCCCCGUCCCGGGACCCAAGGCGGGGCCUCGCCCACCCGUCCCUUGGGGGACCCAGCGGGCCUCGCCCCCCACCCGUCCCGGGACCCAAGGGUCGGCCCCCCUCGGGCCCACCUCCUUCCCGGGACAGCGUGCCUGGCCCGGGACCCACGGCGGGCCUUGCCCACCCGUCCCGGGACCCACGGCGGGCCUUGCCCACCCGUCCCGGGACCAACGGCGGGCCUUGCCACCCGUCCCGGGAACCCAGGGGGCCUCGCCUUGCCCACCCGCCUCCCGGGACCCAAAGGCGGGCCUGCCCGGCUCCCGCCUCGCCGGCCCGUUCCCGCCUCCCGCCCGCCCGUCGCCGCCCCGUCCCGCCUCGCCCGCACACCCGCUGUCCUCACCCUCCCGUCCCGGACACCCGCCAUCCCAGGACAAAAACGGCCGGGCCUCGCGCCCCGUCCCGGGACCCCAAGGCGGGCCUCGCCCGCCCGUCCCGGGACACCCAAGGUCGGGCCUCGCCCGCCCGUCCCGGGACCCAAGGCGGCCUCGCCCGCCCGUCCCGGACCCAAGGCGGGCCUCGCCGCCCGUCCCGGGACCCAAGGCGGGCCUCGCCCGCCCGUCCCGGGACCCACGGCGGGCCUCGCCCGCCCUCCCGACCCGGGACCCGGCGGGCCUCGCCCGCCCGUCCCGGGACCCAAGGCUGCCUCGCCCACCCGUCCCGGGACCCAAGGCGGGCCUCGCCCACGCCUCCCGGGACCCAAGGCGGGCCUCGCCCACCCGUCCCGGGACCCACGGCGGGCCUCGCGCCCACCCGUCCCGGGACCCAAGGCCGGGCCUCGCCCACCCGUCCCGGGACCCAAGGCGGGCCUCGCCCACCCGCCCUCCCGGGACCCAAGGCGGGCCUCGCCCACCCGUCCCGGGACCCAAGGCGGGCCUCGCCCACCCGUCCCGGACCCAAGGCGGGCCUCGCCCACCGUCCCGGGACCCACGGCGGGCCUCGCCGCAGCCCGUCCCGGACCCACGGCGGCUCGCCCACCGCCGUCCCGGGACCCACGGCGGGCCUCGCCCACCCGUCCCGGGACCCACGGCGCCCUCGCCCACCCUGGUUCUCGAAUCUCCAGGCGUCAGUAGUUCUCCUGGAGGUUCUUUACGUCGCUCACCAAUAUCUCCUUUGCUCCUCGCAGCUGUCGAACCUCAUCUUCCAGCUGGUCGUUCCCUUCGCCCUGGACUCCGGCCUUCCUCUCCAGCGACUCUAAGCGACGAUUUCGUUCCUCUAGAAGGCAUGCCAGCUCGUUCCUCAUGA